AAACUUUGGUAUCCAGUUUUGGUUUGACACGCACGACAUGUACAGAGACAGGACUCGUCAGCUGCGGUCUUGUCGCCGCUCUUGUCCGACCAUAUCACGAAGGUUGGUCAACGUUAGAUGUCGCUGCUUGUCGAUGUUUUAGUCACAAGUCUGCAUGGACAGGAACACAUCGUAGUCUUGAAUCGGCAGGCCAGAUGAAGCAAUGACUUUUUGAACCAUCCAUAUACCAUUUGAGGCGCUUGACUUUACAUAUGCGUCUUCUGCUUCGACCCAUCCAAACUUUGAAGCACGCAGCAAGCUAUUAUUACUGUGCAUUUACGCCGGUGACACACGCCUGCCAUGCAGCCAUGCGGUGUCAACGUUUUUGCCUAGAUAUUUAUAUACUUAACAAGAUCUUCUGGUCCCAUGGCACGAAGCAGGAGCCGAGCAUGCUGUGCUUCUAUUCGAUAUCGUGGAUCUACCGGCAGAUGGAUUCAGCAAUGUCGCUUCUGGCAAAGCGAAAUAUGCGAAUCUCCAUGGCUUCAUGGACGCACCAGUCUGCCUCAUCAUACAAGAGCUAUCGGUGGCAGCCUCGCCUGUCAUCACAACAUGCACAACUUUUCUGCGUCCACACCUGCAUCUACGUUGUCUUGUGCACAGUAAUUCCCCCUUGUUGCACUCAAAUACCAGAAGACGUCGGUGUUGGUAAGCUCAACACCAUAUACGUCUAUCCGACCCGUCCCGUCAAGUCAUGAUACACAAUGACACAAACAACACAACAAUGACAACAUACACUCGGGACUCUAAACCCCCCGAGCACCCCGUCGUCACUAUCCGCGGACACCGGCAGUGAACUCUCGGACCGUACAGCUCCCGCUGCCAUUAUGCCCGUGCUCUCCUCAUUUCGGCACCUUGCUCCCGCUGACAAAAGGGUUCCGAAUUUUUUUCUCAGGGUCGCCAAAAUACUUGGUGCAUCCAUGUUCUGGCCAGCAAAAGAAGACUUUCCGACACGGGGAAUUGAACCCCGGCCUCCUCGGACCUAGUUGUUCAUUCGAACUGUUUGAGAGCGAGAAAUCCUAGCCACUAGACCAUAUCGGAUUUGAUACAGGUAGACUUGCUCAGUCUGUAUAUAAUAUUUCAGCAAGUCUCUUAUGAGCACAAGCUGUUGCUGUCAUCACC